AUGGACCCCUGGGACAAAUUAGGAACUGGAGCCACGCUUCGUCGCGGCCCUCCCCGCCUAUUUCUGACAAAAGACACAGCCAUUGGUAAACUGAAGCCCUCUCCGGAAGUCGUAGAACAUAUGAUUGAAGACCUGGAAGAUCGCCUAAAACACUACUUCAAUUUGUAUGUCAAGGAAAGGAAGGACAGGGAGAUUGAACAGGAAAAAAAUUUGUUAUUACAAGAAAAAAUGAAACAAUUAUGCAGUGAAUUGGAUAUGAAAGAUAAAAAAUUAUGUGAAUUGGAACAUAACAUCAAGGAAUUGUUUAUACAUCCCAAAAAUAUCAAGGAUACCCUAGACCGUAUUGAUCUAAUUUACAUCCACUUGGAUACACUCGUUCAGGCUUUUAUUGGCAUUGCUACUUGUGCUACCCUUAAUGGGUUAAACAAAAACAUUUUCACAAAGAUAGCAUUGGAAUACCUUCAUCCUUGCAGGAACUUAGAUAGUAGACUUGAUGCUUUGUAUUCGGCGCUUUAUUCAUUACUACUUACAUCUAAUACCAAUGAAGGGUUUUUUGGACAAUCAAGCGCGGCUGCUUUGGAAGGAUUUUACGUUACAAUUUCAGAAAUAGUGUUUGAAACUAAUGUGGACAUUUGCAUACCCAACCAAAUCUAUAUAGGACUGAGGUAUGACCAUGAGGAACCUGUUAAAAUGACCAGCGCAAAAGUAGUUAAUGGUGUAUGUGCGGUUAAUUUGGACAAGCACCUGAAUUUGCCACCAAAAAGACCGGGAAAAAUACCAAGGUUUGUAAUAGAUAUUUGGUUCGAAUCAUCUUCGGAUACUGCCACAGCUAGCGUAAGUGUGAUAGAUCCAGUACUGCUGGAAGCACGUGCCCCUUGGGCUUUGUUAGUUAACAACUUGAAGAUUGGAACUGUAAAUGUUGGUGUAAAUCCUUACCCAAUAAAUGCCAGAAUGCCUGCAGAAAGGUUUAAGAUGGCGAAGGAGUUUGCCCAUGUUCAUAAGGGGGCAAAACCCAUUAUUGACUAUCACUUAUUGCAGCCUCCCUCCAACCCAUUAAUUACAUCAGGAAACGCAAAUUAUGCGACAAGUGAUGAAACUAGUAUGUCAAAGAAGAGUGUAAAUACGCAGUUACCAAGUGGAAACAAAGAAGCCGUUCCAAAGCCAAUCGUCACUGUAAAGGUUGAAUCAUCUAGUAAUGCAAAACCAACAAACAGAUCAUCCAGUAAUGUAAAAUCAACAAACAGUACUAAUUCGGACAAAAUCGUUAAUUCUAUACCCGAUGAGCGUGAUAUUAAAAAUGAUACCACACCAUUUGUACCAAAGAAACAACCACCGAGAAAGCCUGGGUUAGGGAGACCUCUGCCUAAGAGAACAACUCCCUUGCCAAAACCUAAACCACCCGCAAUAAAACGUAUUAAAGAGGAUGCUAAAAAUGAGGGAGAUGGGAUUAUUAAGACCAUACUCGAAUCGCAACCUGAAAAGGUCACCAGCAUUGACAACUCCGCCAGCCCAAAGUUGAAGGAAUUUGAUCCUACACAACCAAUUAACGAUGGCUCUACACAAAAUAAUGUAGUUAGUACACCUAUAAGUGAACAAUCUAGUAUGAAUGCAAAUAAAAGUGAUGAAGACACAGAUACGUGUGUAGAAACUACAACAAAUGCAGAUAAUGUUGAAAAAACUGAAGAAAUUCCCAAUGAAAAAUCCGUCGUAAGCUGUGAAUCCGAUGAAUAUAGAACUAAUCCUCCAAAAAUGAUUGUAGAAAGGAAGCUUUCGACUAAGAAAUCAGACGCCAACAUAUCACAGAUAGAUACAGAAGUUAGUGGUGAUCGUGAUGGAAUAGUUACAAAAAAAUCACUGACUAAUAUCCAAAUUAAAUCCAAAAAACCCCUUCCAAAUAUUAAAAUGUCGAACGAGGGGGAAACCAAAUUGGAUGAGACUGCGCCUCAGAGGAAACCAAAGUUGGUUCCACUGGUGCCUCUAGCCAAACCGAUAUUAUUGAUCAAGAAAGCGCCUAUGUGA